GUAUGACAUGUCGGGUUUACUUGAACUUGAAGGGGAUAAAUACAUGAUGCCGAAAUCAACCAAAUCAUCCCAGAAAUAGACCCCUGCAAAUACGAGCCGGCUGAGCUCCCUGCUUUGUUGGGCACUGAGACAGAGGCUCGUGACAUGGAGUGGUUCUUCUUCACCGCAAAGGCUUACAAGUACAACAAAAGCUCUCGCUCGAAUCGGAGGACGAAGAAGAUCCACUGGAAAAUCACAGGGAAGGAGCGUGGGAUUAAAGCUCAACGAUACAAAGCUGUUAUCGGGAAGAAGAGGACAUUGACUUUUUACCAGGGGCGUGCGCCGAAAUCGAAGAAGACCAGCUGGGUUAUUCAUGAGCACUAUCUUCCUGGAGAUGGAGUUGCUUCGUAUCCGAAGCAGGCCCAGGGUGACUUUGUUAUCUGUCUCUUGAAGAUUAGAUCAGAUAGGAAGGAUUCUCCGGUCAGUAAUGAAGGAGAACCCAGAAGCACGAGUGUGUCUGAAAUGAAUCAAGAGGGAAAUGAGAAGUUGCUAUUCCAUCAACCUCAGCCUCUGGAUGACUGCUGCUCCUCAGCACUGCAGUCACCGGUGUCCCAAGAGCUGGAAGCUGUUCUGCAAACCAAUGUCACUAAUGAUGAUUGUAAUGAGUUGCAAUCACCAUUUGGAGAUAGUGAUUCUUAUCUAUUAGAUGGGAAUGAAGUUUCAACCUGUGAUGAAGAUGAGACUGUGUAUAAUGUGUUUCCACAGCUACGUGAUCCGCCAGAACAAAAUCUGGAUUCACUCUUUGGUCCACAUCAGCCAUAAGAGUACCGCCCCUCCAUACUGCAGUCACCAAUAUACACAAAGCUGCGAGAUGUUCCGCAUCCACUUCAGCCACAAGAGUACCGCCCCACCAUACUGCAAUCACCAAUAUACACAAAGCUGCGAGAUCCGCAUCAGCCACAAUAGUACCGCCCCUCCAUAUUGCAGUCACCAAUAUACACAAAGCUGCGAGAUAUUACGCAUCCGCUUCAGCCAAAAGAGUACCGCCCCUCCAUCAGCCACAAUAGUACCGCCCCUCCAUACUGCAGUCACCAAUAUACACAAAGCUGUGAGAUAUUCCGCAUCCGCUUCAGCCACAAGAGUACCGCCCCUCCAUACUGCAGUUACCAAUAUACACAAAGCUGCGAGAUAUUCUACAUCCGCUUCAGCCACAAGAGUACCGCCCCUCCAUAUUGCAGUCACCAAUAUACACAAAGCUGCGAGAUGUUCUACAUCCGCUUCAGCCACAAGAUUACUAGCCCUCAAAGUUGCAGUCACCAAUAUACACAAAGCUGGGAAAUGUUCCACAUCAUUCUUGAUAGUAAAGAGAAAUGUCACUAAACCAAUAUCUGGUUGAGUUAUUGGUAAACUAGUAGUUACUUACUGAAAUGUAGUAGCUAGUUGGUUGAUGGAGUAGUAGUUGCAAAUGUAUAUGAUUGUUAAUAGAUGGAAUCCUUAUAAGUAAUUUAUCAAGUUUAA